UCAAUCUCAGAGAUUAGACCUCGCCUCUUCCUGGGCAACAUAUCUUGCAUUAUCGACUCCAAGACUGUGCAAGAGAACAAUAUCAAAGCCGGGAUAUCUCUUAUAUCUUGGCCCAUCACUUCGUGGCUGAACCCACAGUUCAGAGAGCAGAUACCACAUCAUUUACCUCUGCUGUGCAAGGACAAUGGAGAACAAGACAUCCUGAAAUUCAUGCCUGUCUGUUGCGAUUUCAUCCAUGAGCAACUUCGAACCGCUGGUGGGAUUGCAAUACACUGUGUCAUGGGCAUAUCACGUUCUGCUUCCAUUGUCAUUGCCUUUCUCAUGCGCAAAUAUGGUCAAACCGUGGAAGAGGCAAUCAGGGUAGUCAGGAGUAAGAGACCUCAGAUUGAACCAAAUCAGUACUUCGAGUGUCAGCUUCGAGUAUGGGGAGAGUUGAAGUAUGAGAUUUGGCAGGACCGGGAGAAGACCAAACCCAAGGCAGCUUACCAGCAGGUCUUGGGCAGAAUUGCAGAAGCAAAGAGAGCC